UUUGCUAAGAUCAAGAAGGUUUAUUUAGGUGAUUUAAUCCCUUAUCUACCAAAUAGUUUUCAUAGAGAUUCAGAACUUCACUUUGAAAAUAUCAAAGAAUUGCAUUAUGUCAAUACAGAUUUGUCUGGAUUAUUGAAUAAUUUUGUUGGAUUGUCAAUAAAAUUGAAAAAUUAA